CCCUUCAGUGGUGGAGGUGACAGCUACGGGCGUCUCUCCAGCCGGGACUCCAUGUCCCUCGUUACCAGCAACAAUGAUCCCACAGUUCCACUGAUUCGGCGGAGGGGAGGACUGGUGGAUCACCGGGAUGUCAUCUUGGCACACCAGGCGCACAAGCUGCACAACACACCACAGGCCAGGAGGAAACAAUGGGAAAUGGCGCGUUUUGGAGACGAGCUACCCAACAGGUAUGGAGGAGGAGGAGGAGGAGGUGGUGGUGGCGGUGGUGGCGGGGGUGCCGGCGGACAAGGGGGCCCCGGCCGUGGCGGCAGCAGGCAAGGGGGGCCCCCCGGAGCGCAGCGGAUGUACAAGCAGUCGAUGGCCCAGAGAGCCCGGACCAUGGCCCUGUACAACCCCAUACCCGUCCGGCAGAGCUGCCUAACGGUCAACCGCUCCCUCUUCCUCUUCAGCGAAGACAACGUGGUGAGGAAGUACGCCAAAAAGAUCACCGAAUGGCCUCCAUUUGAAUGGAUGAUUCUCACCACCAUCAUUGCAAACUGCAUCGUCCUGGCUCUGGAACAGCACCUUCCCGAUGGAGACAAGACGCCUCUGUCCGAACGACUGGAGGAGACAGAGCCCUACUUCAUAGCCAUCUUCUGUUUCGAGUCUGGAAUAAAGAUCCUGGCUCUCGGUUUUGCGUUACAUAAGGGCUCCUACCUGAGGAACGGCUGGAACGUCAUGGACUUUGUAGUUGUCCUCACCGGUAUUUUGUCGUCAGUGGGGUCUACGUUUGACCUGAGGACACUGCGAGCCGUCAGGGUGCUGCGACCCUUAAAACUGGUGUCUGGAAUUCCAAGCCUGCAGGUGGUGCUCAAGUCCAUUAUGAAGGCUAUGAUCCCCCUGCUGCAGAUUGGUCUCCUCUUAUUUGUGGCCAUCCUCAUGUUUGCAAUCAUCGGCCUGGAGUUUUACAUGGGACAGUUCCACAAGACUUGCUAUGAUGAUGUUACAAAUGAGACUGCAGAUGACAGGCCGUGUGGUACUGCAUCGCCAUCCCGGCUGUGCUCCAAUGGCACGCACUGUGGGGAAGGGUGGAUUGGACCCAACUACGGGAUCACCCAAUUCGACAACAUUCUGUUCGCCGUGCUCACCGUCUUCCAGUGCAUCACCAUGGAGGGAUGGACAAACAUGCUGUACCACAGUAACGAUGUAAGUGGCAGUUACUUUAAUUGGAUGUACUACGUCCCCCUCAUCAUCAUCGGCUCCUUCUUCAUGCUCAACCUGGUGCUGGGUGUACUCUCAGGUGAAUUUGCCAAAGAGAGGGAGCGAGUGGAGAACAGGAGCGAGUUCCUCAAGCUGAGGAGACAGCAGCAGAUUGAGAGGGAGCUCAACGGAUACCUUGAGUGGAUCUGUAAAGCAGAGGAGGUGAUUCUGGCUGAGGAAGAUACUACAGGGAACUUUGAUGGUUCAAGGCGUAGGCCAACCAUCAAAACCAAAAACAACAAGACAGAGCUGCUGAACCCUGAGGAAGGAGAGGACAACAUUGGAGAUGCAGUAGGUUUUGCACGCUCCAGCAUAAAGAGCGGUAAGGAGGGCUCCAAUUACAGCAAGAAAGAGCGACGGCUGCGUUUCUUCAUCCGUAAGAUAGUGAAGACGCAGGCUUUCUACUGGAUAGUGCUCUUUCUGGUGGGCCUCAACACCAUCUGUGUGGCCGUGGUGCACUACGACCAGCCUGAGAUGCUCACUGACUUUCUCUUCUAUGCAGAGUUUGUCUUCCUCGGUUUGUUCAUGUCUGAGAUGCUGAUCAAGAUGUACGGUCUGGGCAUCCAGCCCUACUUCCAUUCCUCAUUCAACUGCUUCGACUGUGUGGUAAUAGUCGGCAGUAUCUUCGAGGUUGUGUGGGCCACCAUAAAACCAGGCACGUCCUUCGGGAUCAGCGUGUUACGAGCUCUGCGAUUGCUCCGCAUCUUUAAAGUCACAAAGUACUGGGCACCACUUCGAAACCUGGUGGUUUCUCUGCUGAACUCCAUGAAGUCCAUCGUCAGCUUGCUGUUCCUCCUCUUCCUCUUCAUCGUGGUAUUUGCCUUGUUGGGGAUGCAGCUGUUUGGAGGACAAUUUAACUUUGACGACGGAACGCCUCCUACUAACUUUGACACUUUUGCUGCAGCAAUCAUGACAGUGUUUCAGAUCCUGACAGGAGAAGACUGGAAUGAGGUGAUGUACUAUGGCAUUGAGUCCCAGGGUGGAGUGAAAGACAAGGGGAUGAUCUUCUCCAUCUUCUUUAUUGUCCUGACACUCUUUGGCAACUACACUCUGCUUAACGUCUUCUUGGCCAUCGCUGUUGACAAUCUGGCCAAUGCCCAGGAGCUUACAAAGGAUGAAGAAGAACAGGAAGAGGCAGCCAAUCAGAAGACAGCACUACAGAAGGCAAAGGAGGUGGCAGAGGUCAGCCCUCUGUCAGCUGCCAACCUGUCUAUUGCUGCUAAGGAGCAGCAAAAGAACCACACCAAGGGAAAUAAGUCGGUGUGGGAGCAGAGAACAAGUGAGAUUCGCCGACAGAACCUAAUGACGAGCCGCGAGGCGCUCUACAAUGAGCUGGAGCAGGAAGACUGGAAGGCGGGAGUGGAGGGAGAAGAGGCGUCUUACCCACGGAAAGGACGUGGUGACAUGAAAACCCACUUGGACAGGCCGUUGGUGGUGAACCCACAGGACAACCGCAAUAAUAACACCAACAAGACCCAACCUGGAGAACUGCCACUUGACCAGGAGUACCGGCGCCAGGACAUAGAUCACUGCCGCCGUGCCGCCCACUGCUAUCACUACGACCGCAAUCACCAUCAGAAACCCUUUGGGCCAGACAGCAGAGAGACAAGCCAGCUAUCAGAGACCCGUAUGGAGCACGGCUUCAGCUGCACAUCUCUGGGUAAUGUGGAGGCGAGCAUAGAGGGCCGUCCAGGGGAGGAGAGGCACAGCCACCGGAGCCAUCGAGGCCAUCGGCACCGGAACAGGGAAGGCCGUGAAGCUCGCAGUGUUUCCCCCCACCAGAGUGAGGCAGGAGAAGGACAUAAUGAGAACAGGAGGGCCAGGCAGCACCGCAGGGCAGCAAGAGAAGGAGAGGAAGGCAGGCGACACCGAUCCAGGGGGAAAGAAGGAGAGGGGGGGAAAAUCGUGGAAGGAGAAGGGCGGAGAGCAAGACGACAUCGACAUGGCAACCAUGAUAAGAGCAAAGGGCAUUGCAGAAGGGAACACCACAGUACUGGACCAAGCCUCUCUACCACCCGUCCUAUACAGCAGUAUAAUGAGGACCUGGACAACUUCCGCAACAACAGCAAGCUGGCCAAUGCCCACGAGCACCCUUACGCCCUACCACCAGAUCACCCUGACCAUCCUGACCAUGUCAAUAACCUGCUCAACUGCCGCGAUGCUGAUACCCACACGCUGCUUCACAGCAUGGACAGCUUGAUUCUCACUAGCAUGGUUAAACCUGACUACACAGCCAUAGAAAUGCCCCCUGUCUACCCUUACCCCUCGACCAACGCCAUCUUACAAGUGAACAAGAACGCCAACACCGACCAGAAGAAGAGUGAGGAGAAGAAAGAGGAGGAGAGCGAGGGCGGAGAUGAAGAUGGCCCCAAACCCAUGCCUCCUUAUAGCUCUUGCUUCAUAUUGUCCACCACUAACCCGUUUCGGAAGUGCUGUCACUACAUCCUGACUCUGAAGUAUUUUGAGUUCACCAUCCUUACUGUCAUCGCUAUGAGCAGCAUCGCUCUUGCUGCAGAGGACCCUGUCAACCCUAAGUCACCGCAAAACGAUGUGCUGCGUAAUUUUGACUACGUUUUCACAGCAGUCUUCACAUUUGAAAUGUUGAUCAAGAUGGUGGUGCUGGGCUUGUUUCUCCAUGAGGGAUCCUACUUCCGUGACUUGUGGAACAUUCUGGACUUUAUAGUGGUUAGUGGUGCUCUGGUGGCCUUCGCCUUCACGCCGAGCGUCAGCGGGGGGAAUAACAAAAGUAAAGACAUCAGUACAAUCAAAUCCCUUCGUGUGCUGAGGGUGCUGCGACCUCUUAAGACCAUCAAACGUCUCCCCAAGUUAAAGGCUGUCUUCGACUGCGUGGUCAACUCUCUGAAGAAUGUGUUGAACAUCCUGAUUGUCUACAUGCUCUUUAUGUUCAUCUUUGCUGUGGUGGCCGUUCAGCUCUUCAAAGGUCACUUCUUCCAUUGCACAGAUGAAUCCAAGGAGUUUGAGCGCGACUGCAGGGGCGAGUACUUGGUAUAUGAGAAAGAUGAAGUUAAAGCUGAAAAGCGGGAGUGGAAGAAGUACGAUUUCCACUACGACAACGUGGCUUGGGCCUUGCUCACCCUCUUCACCGUCUCAACUGGAGAGGGUUGGCCACAGGUGUUGAAGCACUCAGUGGACUCCACCUUUGAGAAUCAGGGCCCGAGCCCAGGUUACAGGAUGGAAACGUCCAUCUUUUACGUGGUGUACUUCGUUGUCUUCCCCUUCUUCUUUGUAAACAUCUUUGUGGCUCUCAUCAUCAUCACCUUCCAGGAACAGGGGGAUAAGAUGAUGGAGGACUACAGCUUAGAAAAAAAUGAGCGAGCCUGUAUAGAUUUUGCCAUCAAUGCCAGGCCUCUGACUCGCCACAUGCCAAAGAACAAACUGAGCUUCCAGUAUCGUAUGUGGCAGUUUGUGGUAUCUCCGCCCUUUGAGUACAGCAUCAUGGCUCUAAUCGCGCUCAACACCAUCGUCCUCAUGAUGAAGUUCGAAGGUGCAUCGAUGGUCUACAAUAAUGUCCUGAAGAACCUCAACAUUGUGUUUACCACCUUCUUUUUCUUGGAAUCAGUGCUCAAGAUCAUAGCAUUCGGCCCUCUGAAUUUCUUCAGAGAUGCCUGGAACAUUUUUGAUUUUGUGUCUGUCCUUGGAAGCAUCACUGACAUAUUAGUGACAGAAUUUGGGAAUCCGAAUAAUGCCUUCAGUUUGAGCUUCCUGAGGCUCUUCAGAGCAGCUCGCCUUAUAAAGCUGCUGAGACAGGGAGAGACCAUUCGCAUCUUGCUGUGGACCUUCGUCCAGUCCUUCAAGGCUUUGCCAUACGUGUGCCUGCUUAUUGCCAUGCUGUUCUUCAUCUAUGCCAUCAUUGGCAUGCAGUUGUUUGGGAACUUAAAACUAACUGAGGAUGAUGGAAUCAAUGAACACAAUAACUUCAGAACCUUCUUCAUGGCCCUAAUGCUGCUGUUCAGGAGUGCUACGGGUGAAGCGUGGCAAGAGAUCAUGUUGGCUUGCCUGGAUAGGAAGGAGUGUGAUCCUGAAUCAGGGAAUGAUAAAAAAGAAUGUGGCAGCACCUUCGCUUACACAUACUUUGUCUCCUUUAUCUUCUUGUGCUCUUUUCUGAUGCUGAAUCUGUUUGUGGCUGUCAUCAUGGACAAUUUUGAGUACCUGACUAGAGACUCUUCCAUCCUGGGGCCUCAUCACCUGGAUGAGUAUGUAAGGAUAUGGGCCGAGUACGACCCUGCCGCCUGCGGCCGGAUCAGUUACACAGACAUGUAUCAGAUGCUAAGACACAUGUGUCCGCCGCUAGGCCUCGGGAAGAGGUGUCCCGCCCGGGUCGCCUAUAAGAGGCUGCUGCGCAUGGAUCUACCGGUUGCUGAUGACAGCACGGUGCAUUUUAACUCCACGCUCAUGGCUCUGAUAAGGACAGCACUGGACAUAAAGAUUGCUAAGGGUGGUGCAGAUAAGCACCAGAUGGAUGCAGAGCUUAGAAAGGAGAUGAUGGCUAUCUGGCCCAACCUAUCGCAGAAGACACUGGACUUGCUGGUUACCCCUCACAAGGCAGCCACAGACUUGACGGUGGGCAAAAUCUACGCUGCCAUGAUGAUCAUGGAGUACUACCGGCAGAGCAAGACGAAAAAGCUGCAGGCCCUGCGAGAGGAACAGAACCGAACGCCAUUAAUGUUUCAGCGCAUGGAGCCGCCCUCUGAGGGAGGCGGCACGGACGGCCAGGGAGGCCAGGGCCAGAACGGCCUCUCCAGCACGCAGCUAGACAACAUCAACAGCAUACCUCCUGAGGGUGGCAUGACUGAGAGCCAGUCAUGGGUGACGGCCAAAGCCCAGGAAAUGUUCCAAAAGACGGGUAACUGGAGCCCGGACAGACCCUACCCCGACGACCUCCACGACAACCGUCACAACCCCCAGACGGUAGAGAUGAGGGAGAUGGGGCGGGACGGGUACUCCGACACUGAGCCCUAUCACCCAAUGGAUGGGCAUGGGCGGACCCUCUCCAUGCCCCGCCUCUCGGCAGACAACCAAAGUGCUCGUGCUAUUUCGCGGAGGAGACACAGGCCUCGCGGAAAUAACCUCAGUACCAUUACUGACACAAGUCCGAUGCGUCGCUCCACGUCCAGCCUAGUUCAUGGGCGUACAGGCAGGGGCGUGAGGCUGGACGACUACUCGCUGGAGAGGGUGGUGUCUGAGGAGGGGAGACAUGGAGGACGCAGGCACAGGGACAGAAGCCACCGCACCUCGCAGCGCUCCCUGACCAGAUACACCGACGCGGACACGGGCCUGGGCACAGACCUCAGCACCACCACACAGUCAGGUGAUCUGCCGCCCAAGGAGCGCGAGCGGGACCGUGGCCGGACCAAGGACCGUCGUCACCACCAUCACCAUCACCAUCAUCACGGCUCUAUGGACAAGGAGCGGUACGGCCACGACCGCCACGACUACUCCCACAGGCAUCCCCACGACCGUCACUGGUCCCGGUCACCCAGCGAGGGGCCUGACGGACGAGGUCACAGACAGGGCAGUAGUUCGGUGAGCGGCAGCCCGGUUCCCUCUACCUCGGGGACCAGCACUCCAAGGAGAGGCCGCCGCCAGUUGCCUCAGACCCCUGCAGUCCCACGCCCACAUGUCACCUACUCCCCCGCGGUUCGCAAGCCUGGCUAUGGCCCCCCAGGGCCAGGUCGCCUGCGUUCACCCUCUCCACGACACUUCUCCCCUCCAGACCAUGACAGAGGCUACCACCACCGACCCCCGUCACGCCACGCCUCUCCCCACCACGGGGGCUCUUCAUCCCGGCAUGGUUCGCCACGCUCCCCUAGGCACCAGUCCCCACGCUCGCCCCUCCACGGCUCACCCAGGUCGCCUCACCGAAGCCGCUGGAGCGGGCCUCCACCCGGGGACAGCCUGGAGUGUGACGGACCCUUCUACGAGAGAGAUUAUGAGUAUGAGCGUCACCACGAGCCUCCCGCCUACGAGCAGAGCCUCUCCCACGGCAACCCUCACCCACAUGGAGGAAAUCCUCACCCACACCCACGUUCACCUAGGACUGCCCGCCACGGGCCUCCUCCACCCCCUCAACCGCAUCCACGCAGGGUACCCAAUGGUUACCAUUCAUCUUCACCUUCCCCACACCGACGGGGAACACCAGGGGUGCCGCCCCACCCACACCACCGGCCUGCCCAUGCCAGAGGGCCCCGCAAGGGCCUGCAUGAACCUUAUAGUGAGACGGAUGAGGAUGACUGGUGCUAGCAACCAUAAAGAGCUUGGGAUAUGGCAGGAGAGGAGAAGAAGAACAGCAGUCUCCAGUGCUCUGGCCUUGGAUAUGUAGACUAAAAGAAAAAACAAACAAAAACAAAAAACAAAACAGAGUGGUAGGAGGGGUUGGAUACCCUCAAAACCCUCUACCUUCAGCUCUCAGACUAUGAAC